AUGUUCCAUGACACCUCCAAUGAGCCAGCCUCACCAAAGACGCCGGCGAGCAAGAAGGCCGUGAAGUUGAUCGACUUCGACACAUGCCAGGAGUACGAGCCGAAAAGCCCGCGAGCGAGGCACAUCGUGGGCACUCUGGGAUACUUGGCUCCGGAAGCCUUGCAGGGCGACUACUCCCCGGCGCCAGGGCACCCAGGAGACGGGAUCAUUUUCAGAACUUUGGGCUUCGAGGAGGAGGCAGAUCUUUACGCAGUCUUCGAUUCUGCUUCGAACAGGUUUAAGUGCACCAAGACGCGGGUUGCUGCCUGGUUUCUGUUAAACCCGUUGCAACUCCGAAACUUGUACUUGAAGAGCUUGCGAUGUUGA